AUGGAAAGAACUCAGAAGAAAGCGAAGCGUCUUCGCGAGAGUCGUGCCGCGCAAUUGCAGGCCGCAAUUCUCUCAGCUGAUGGUGCAUCCCAAGCAACUCAAGCAGCCCAAGCAGCCCAAGCAGCCCAAGCAGCGGCUCAGGCAGCUCAAUCCGCUCACUCCACUCGAACCGCUCAGACUGCUCAAUCUGCUGCGCCUGCUUCCCUCGCUGUUCGCGCUGCUCAAGCAGCUCUCGGGAACGCUGCAAUCGCUCUGAGACCUGCCAGUCAUCCUGUUAUCGAAGCCGAUUCUUCUGCGAUUUCCGCCGGUGCCACUGCAUGUUCAGCUAGUGCUACUGGAGGUCCGACCUUCUCUACUCUCGUUGUAGUCGAAACAGCGCCGAUACAACCUGGUACUUCUCUUCCAGUCGCCGGUACCUCUUCUACUUACGGGUAUCCUACUGGUCCAAUCGCCUUUCCCGCUCUUCCUAGGCCCUCGGAUCCUUUACGCCCUCGAUAUGCAACCAAUGAUUACGUUGAUGGAAAUCCCCGAAGAUAUCUUCAUGGUCAAACUCCUGGAUCUGGAAUCACCUUCGAGACCAACGCUUUAGGUCUUUCGGCAUUUCGGAAAAUCAUUAAACACUAUGCCGCACACAUGCAUAGACAGGAUUACCCACUUGCUGCACAAUCGGCACCCUUCAAAAGUGGAGUAACAGCAAGAUCGUUCCCGGUCUCCUGGUCUCCUGGACAACAAGCAAUACGCCCACAAGAUCUUCGUCGAGCUCCAACUGUUUUUCGAAGAGAAAGUACCUCUACUAAGCAUGAUACCAUCUCUCCAACUAAGAAGCUACAGCUUCUAUCAAGGUCAAAAGCAGCAACUGGUGCUGAUCUCGAUGCGCUAGCUCCAGAGGGCAAGGUCUACGUGUGUCCUGAGCCUAUAUGCCAACAAAAUUUCCAUAAAGAAUGUACUAGAGGUGACGUUCUAGAACAUCUUGCUUGCCACGCUCAUACAGACUUCUCAUACCAUAAAAACGAGAAUGUAUGUCCGUUCUGGUGUCAAAAGGGUUUCUACGAUCUUGAUCUCUUAAAGCAACAUCUCCGUGCAAGACAGUGUAUUUUUGCUAGAGAGUUCGAUGAUCUCUCCUCUGAUCUUGAAAACAGUGUCGAGGCAGAUGACAACCACAAUCUUCCAGACACCUCCGAAUUUGCAUGUUAUCCAUGUAAUAAGGGCUUCGAUACCUUACGGGAGUUGUUCCUCCAUGUAUUUGGCGGCAUAUGCUACUUCCUCGAUGAUCCUUGCACCAAUACUGCAAUCCCUAGCAAGGAUGAUAAUCUGCGCCUGCCAGUGCUGGUAAAGAGACGUUUACCCAAAAGAGCUAUAUUCAUAUACAGGCAUAGCUCAGCCGCACCGAAGGAUGAUCACAAAGCUGAUUCCGACUCCAACCCCCAUGCAGCGGAGACUCUCGAAGUCGCAGAGGAUCUUUUCGCGAAAGGUUUGUUCGAGGAAGACACAGAACUUGUCACAGUCUGCGGCUCUCGUGCAAAAAGCCACAAGUUGCCGACCGUCUAUGAAAACGUUGAGCUCGAGACAUUUUUUGCUCAACACGAUUGGGUUUUCAAGAACGAGCGGAUCGAUGGUGAUGCAACAAGUGAUCAGCGUCGAGAAUCUUUGUCGACAGAAAGAUUCUCCUUUGCUGUGUUGAACGAGAUCAGAGACGCUGUCGAUAACGCCCGUGAACCGAUUGUAGUUCUUGUUGGCCUUGACGCAUGGUCAGUAAAUUGGGAGAGACUUGAUCAUUUCCUGAGGACAUAUCAGGUAUUCUAUGGUCCUCUAAGCAUGAUCAUCAAGGAGCCAAAGACCAACGAGGUAUACACAGCAAGAGCGCAGAUAUGCAAGGAGAGAGGCGGUCUUCCAAGAAGCGCGCAUGUCUACGCAACCUUCCACAGCUUGAGAUACAUCGGGCAUAACGCGCAAGUCUAUCAAGAUCCGAUCAUUGGAGCUUGGCGUACAUAUAUGGCAGGCAAACGAGCUGAGGUGAAUAGGAGUUCGGGAUACAGACAACAACAUGGAGCAAAGAGACAGCGUAGAUCCAGUGCAAGGAGACACGCGAGACAAGAAGGCAAUGACGAUGACGGUGAGGAUGAGGAUGAGGAUAAUAGUCAUGGUGAUACAGAUGAUGAUGAGGACUUUGUGGAUGCAGAGCAUUAUGAUGUCAAACUGCAUGGAAUCCUUGGCCACGAACGACCCUUAGCGAAUUCUUCGGUGUUUGACUUCAAUAAUCUCUUCCUCCAAAUACUUAUGGGUCGAGAGUCUCUCCGUCACGGGCGUCUCCGUAAGUGGUCUAUACAGAUAUAUCAGAGAGUCUGCGCAGGCCGGCGCACCGCAACAGGAACUUCACUCUAUGUGAUAGGACUCUUCUCGUUUGAAAGAAUUGUUCCCACGACAGCGCCGGCCACUCUCCUCGUCUACAAGAACUUCCCCCACGACGGCGCCGACCACUCUCCUCGAACUCCUCGAUCGCAAUCUUUCGGCAUGAGCAGGUCUCCAUCAGCCGAGAACGGCAGCGCAGCGCUUGUUGAAUCGCCGUACGAGAAUCAUACACCCACGAUCUUUGAAAGUGAAGGAGUGCAGAGCAGACAGGAACACAUGACGCCCGCUCAAGUGCUACCAUUAGGAGUCAUGCCACAAUGGUCAACCACGGAGAUGAAAGACUUCGAGCAUUUCGAAGAUGUUCUUAUGCGCGCCGGAGUUUGGGAUAUCGCGAUGGAAGAUUGUGAAACCAUCGCAGAAAGGGAAGGAGUGCAUGACGGCGCCGGACACGUUCUAUACAGCAUUUACCGUGCAUGGAAUCUCUCCACGCAAAAGACUCAGAGUUUUGCGAUUUCGUGGACUAGCGAGAAGCUAAGCAGAGACAUGGGUCAAACCAAGCAAGAGCCGGAACACGCCGAGGAAAUUCAACAGGAAAAGGACGCAUCCGAUGACGAAAACGAUCUUGAUCACAAUACGGACUUCGACUCCUACGCAACCCAAAUGCUUAUGGAAAACCCCGAUCUCAUUUAUCCUUUGAAUGCGCCCUUGAUGAUGCGCCCACAUGAAUCAGCCGUCCAAGUCAAAUCUCUGUUGGCUUUAGAAGACAGCCUUCGACAAAAAGGACGCAAGAAUCUCACAGUCCCGGCAGAUAUGCAUGAGCCACUCGCACGCAUCGAAGAUCUACCAGAAUGGUCACGUAAGGAUAUGCCAAGCUAUGUCAGCUUUCAAAAGAAUCUUCAUGACCAAGACCUCUAUUACACCGCUCAAUUGGAUGCUGCUUGUUUGAGGCCAGCCGGCUAUCAAGGGAAUGAGCAAGGAAUCUUGCAAGGUAUCUGGAAAAUGUGGGACCCUGCAACCAAAGAAACACAGCAGUGGAUUCGCAGGUGGCAGAGGCUCUAUGCGGAAGCCUCAGAAUAUUAUGGCACACAAGAAACCACAUCUCAAGAAGAAGAAGAAGAAGUUACUGCCUUCGACGAGGGACUGAUUGAACCGGAGAACACUGUCGACCUGGACCUAUCACAAGUGGCCAAGCCCAACAUCGUCACAUUCGACGGAUUGGAGGAUAUGGCCGAAGUCGACCUUGGAGGCGGUCUUGUCGUUAAGGUACCGCUCAAUGAAGACGGUCAGGUUGAAGGCGCAGACCAAUUUCACCGCAACCAUCGAACUCUUCCGAGCGAGAUCUCCGACAUUGUUAAGGCUAUUUACGACGCUCCUCGAAACAAUCUCAAGAUGCCCAAGAAGACUUGGCUGGCCGAAAAUUAUCCUCAGCAUUUCGAACAAAGAGGAAAUGUGGCUCACGACUCCAUUCUACGAGAUUAUACUCUGGCUGAGAUGGGUCUGCGCCCGGAAAUCUGGGACUAUCUAAACACUACAUCGGUACAUCACGAUGACACCGCCAAAAACCUCGCUGUGGCCAGAAGUGACGGACAACCCAAGUUACGCCGGCCUCGCGAGAGCGAACAGACACGCGCAGGAAAUUCUGAUCGCAACAAGAGAGGAACUUUUGGCAGUAACAAGAGAGCAAAGAAAGGCGAAGAACAUCUCGAUCCCAUUCCCGAUAAGGGUGCAACUCUUAUUCGCAAGAUCGGAAUCCUGUACGCUCUUAAGCAAGGAAGACUGACCAAGGAGGAUCUGGCGAUGCAAAGAGUUGGAGUCGCUUGGAGAUCGCUUCAUGAGGCGGCAUGUGCCAUCAUCCAGCGUCAAGUGGAACAAGAUGCUUACUGCGAAAAUCUGCGAGAAAAGGCUGCAGACUACAUCAAGCACUGGCGCAACAUCUCCAAGGAAUAUCGCGAUGCGGCCUUGAAACUUCAGGCACAACUUAAUGUGGCAAAGAAAGUGCUCAGAGAGGCUGGCAUCCCGCUGCCAGAUGAGCUCCUCGAGCCAGUUGAAGUCAAUAAGAAGUUUCGCAGAUACAAGCCUGCAAAACCAGAUCGCCGCUCGAAGGAAUGGCGAGAACAACAAAAGGAAGUAAUGAACUUGCCGAUGCCUACACCCACGCUGUCGAAGAGAAAGCGCGACAACACCGCGAUCGUCGUCUCCGAUGACGAUCAGGAGGCCCCGCCUACAAAGAAAACGAAGCAGAAGACAACCGCAUCAAAGCGCGCCCCGAAGACAAAAGGCUCGACCCAGGAAAUCAAGGAGAGAGGCAAGAGGAGAAGCAAGAAGGUCGUGUCUGACGAUGACGAAGACGAGGAAGAGCAUUCGAGAAUUCUCACCAGACCAUCUCUUUUUGUUCUAUCUCAAGACCUUAUAGAUUAUUACAAAACUGACAACGAGAACCAAGAAGACAUCCUGGAUGAGGUUACUACUUGCUAUCUUACAGCUCGCGGAUCACGAGCUUAUUUGUUGUGCAAUCUAAUUCCAUUUGAAGCUUGCGAAGUUGACAAAGAAACAGAUUUGAUCGUCAGACAUGCCCAUAUCACCAAAGCAUACGACAACACAACAAGGCCGGAAGACGCCUUACGCAUCUUUCUAGCUGCACUUGUGGCCUACAAACGCCGCAAUGGCUUGGCCAACCCUAUCACAGGAAGAGAUCCUCGCCCUGACAAGCAACGAUCCAGAUUCAAGGAUUUGCCCACCGAUUUUCAAUUCGACUUAAUGAAUGAACUUUCGAAGAAUUCUGCGGCCCAGAAUCCUUGUGACAGACCAAGGAAAUUCCUGAAGGUUGUCGCAUAUCACAUGCAGAAGAAGCAAGAGAAAAGAGCAGCUGAAGAGCGAGCUCGCCUUGAGGCGAGAGGAACCAGGGAGUCGCCUUUGUUCGUAGACGAAGACAAUGAGGAAUGA